UAGGUUUUGGCGUGUCUUUUUAGGUUAAGCAAAAUAAAAUAUGAAUUUUAUCAUAAACUUGAAUUAACUUUUAGAAAUAUGAAAUUUAUCCAUAAUAUGGAAUCAGUAUUGAUACUAUUAAUAACUGUUUUGUGCAGUAUACUUGUAUUCAAACUAUUUUCCAAAUUAAGGUCAUCAGUGCCAUGGCCUGUAAAUUGUUGGUUUUGCAACAAUGACUUUUGGGUAAAAUAUAUGCUUCGUAACUCUUGGACUUGCCCAAAAUGUGAACAGUAUAAUGGAUUCACUAAGGAUGGUGAUUACAAUAAACCUAUAAUUUCAACAAAUGACCAAAUAUUCAGUAUGCCAAAAGUAUUUCAACAAAGUCCAUCCAAAAAUGGUCUCUGUAAGAUGUGCAACAUAAACCAGCAGUUGAAAGUGGCACAGCUUGCCAGUUUUGUGCCAAUAAAUGAGAAGAAAUUUGAUGAAGAAAUAGAUACAUAUAGGACACAACUAGAUAAAGCCUACAAAUUAUGCAGCCCAUGCAAAAGAGUCCUCCAUACAAAACUCUACAAAGAGAAAGAAACUCUUCUUGCCACCAAAUUAUUGGAGACAAGGUCAUUAGAUAAGAGGAAUCAACAAAUAGACACACACCAUCAAAUUCUCAAGAGCUCUAUAAAUAAUAUUGCAAUGUUAAUCGCAAUCAUACUUGUUUUUGUUGUGACUGUAGAGUUACAUACAAAUAUAAUGAAAGACAAGAAUUUGUAUAUGUCUGUGACAAAUAUAAAAGAAAUAACAUGUGGUCUUCUAGAAAGAAUAGCUUCUAUUGCAAGGAUGAAGACAGUGAUGGCAUUUCCAUCAUUAGAAAACUACUUCAUUGACUUAGAUUAUACAUUCUUUUCUGUAGAGAGAUGGCCAAAAAUAUUAUAUUUUAAGAUUAGUAACUUGGAUAAUUUUACAAUAUUGACACAGAAAAUAUUGGGUGGCUUUGUAUGUGUGAUUCAAAUAAUGGGGCAUGUUUGGAAUGUAAACAAACAAAAGCAUAUAAUUUUAAUUGACUUAUUAUGGUCAGUGUUUGUACUGACUGCUUUAGCACACCAUUCCACUGCCAUAGAUCCAGUUAUAAUGAGUAUAAUUAAGUUGUCAAGCAUUUUGCUUGUAAUGUUAGGGUACAUGAAAAUGAAAACUAAGGCUGCAACAAUUAUAAAAAGUCAUGAAACACCAAAGAGAAUGAAGAACCUUGUGAAUGGUUCAACUAAUCUGUUACUGGAUGAUGAAGAUACUCUUUCGUUUGGUACUGACGAUGAUGUGUCAUUGAGUAAAUUUGGUUUACAUAAUUUAACAGAUUCUUCCAAUGAUACUCUAAGUCCACUAAGCAGUAGCUAUAAGAAUGGUAAAUCAUUCACACCAAGAACUGACAGUGUCUGGACUAAACCCAAACAUAAUUCUACAUUCUGCAUUAACCCUGUUCUCACUAAGAGUCCCAGUUCAGUUUCUGAAACUGUUACGAUUCAACCUUCAUUCAAUAAAUAUCAGAAGUUAGUGAAAGAUGAUUCAGACUCGGAUUUAGAUGAAAGCAUAAGUUCUUUGUGCAUAGGCAGCCCAAAGAAACCAAUGAAAAAUAAUCCUAUUUUUUCUCUCAGGAAAUUCAAUCCUACUCCCACUUUUAUCACUCCAACGCCAUUGAAUCGUUCAAGACCUCUUAUUUCGCCCAGUAAGCUGGGUCAUAGUACUUCAUGGGUUGCAGGAGGGUAUUGGGGAUCUGAAGGAGAACGGCAGAUAUUAAAUGUAAACGGGAGUCGCUCCUCCAGUCAAAGUUCGGGGUUUGAAUCUCAGACGUCUAGUAUGAAUCAGCGGAAUGUUUUCUCGCAACCGUCAUCGCGGGAAGAAUCUAUUUGUGGUGAACCCAUGGUCAUAGACAAUCAAGUUCCCAGCUUUAAUAAUUUUCAAACUCCACAAAAUUUUAGUCGUGUUAAUUCGCCAGUGUUUCCACAAAUGCAGUACAAUGGCCAUGUGCAUAUACCUCAACCAAGAUUUGCUCAACCGAACUUUAUGUCACCAACUGUAUUUACUCAACAGCAGCACACGCCUAACAGUAUAUUUAAAACCCCUGGGCUGAUUAAGUUGCCUCAAGUGAAUUCGUUCGGAUCUCAUUAAGCACACUAGUCAGCCUCAACAUUCUUAUAAAUGAUCUAGACAUUAUAUUUUUUGCCAUCUUUUUUCGCUUCGAUAUUAGUUUUUUUUCUUUUGUUAAAGGUUCCAUGAACUGCCAUUAUAUUAAGGUAUUUGUUAAGUUAUCAAGUAGUAUUUAAGUGGUUGUAAGUCGUAAUGUUUGAGACUAAACUUAGCGUUAAGACUAUUUGCUGAUCUCGUGUUGAAGCCAGGUGUCGGCUAUGUGAAAGCAUUAAGAAUUGUUACAAUUUUUUAUACGGACGUCACUGUCCUCUUGUCGAACAAAAUGUGAUAUUAUAAAGACUCGUAAUUUUUGCAAAAAGUGAAGAGAAAAUGAUUCUUGAUGUUAUCAUUGUUUUGAUUUUGUCAUUUUAAAUCGGAAACUUUUUGUGAAGCUCCUGCAAUAAAAGUGUAAAAACCUACA